ACACCCGCAUGCGUGUUUGUAUGUACUCCAAACAUGUAUGUUUGCAUUCUUAUAGUUCUUCUAUCUUGGUGAAUGAACUUUUGUCCUAACUACUUAAUGAUUGGAAUGUUUUGCUGUAACUAAGUGGUAGAAUAAAUCUAUACUUUCUUCAUUUCAUCUGUUAACCUAAUUACACCGGCGCAGUAAAAGCAUCUAUGUUUGUCACAUCUGGUAGCAUAUGGGGCGCCGACUGACCGAUUCAUCUCUUGCAACAUUCUUAUCUCUAUUCUCUGUUUUGCGUUUAGGAACCAAAUUUCUCUGCUCGGAAGUGAUUGCUCCGAUCCGCUCGGAAGUCGACGAUAUCUCUUUGUUCAUUAUAAACUUUGAAGAUUUAUCCAAUCCAUCGAAUCCGGAGCCUAUCGAGCAGGUGAAGCUUAGCAAAUUUGAUAAGGCGAGAGCUAGUUUUCGACAAUCAUUUAGAAUUGGACAUAUAGCGCUGCGUGAUCGAGGCCUUCGCCUGGCGGGAUAUCUAACGCCUCCCUCCGAUGCGACGCAAGAUGAAGACGAAAUCAUUGCACCCAAGCACCCGAUGGAGACCUCCACCAACAAGAAUACAGUCCUCAAGGUGGAAACCAAUAUUUGGGCACCGAUGUCCACGCCUGCCCUGACAAGAACGAAGGAACUGGACUGUCUUCCGCACGACAUCGACACGUUGAGCGGACCAGGCGAGAUUGUAAUCACGGCACCCGACACCACGCAGAACAAUGCGAGAGUGGAAAGCAAGGAACAUAGUUCGAGAAACGCGAAACCAGAGUUUGUGCAAACGAAGAGCUUAGAUUUUGAAGCGCAAUUAAAACAUGUGGAAAGCGCGAAACUAAUUCGCUGUUACGAAAACACACAUUCCCAAACAAGCCGUGGAUUCGUAGAAAAGCGUGCCCAUACGGUAGAUGAUUUCAUGAGAGGUCCGGUAAAUCAUAAUGCGAGAUUGUACUUUCCUUACGUCUCAUCAGAAAGCGACCUGCAGCGGUACAAAGCUGUCCCCGUGAAGCAGGCGGCCACGACGGCUCAGGAUGCGAGGACCAGUUCAUCACUAUCAAAUGUGCCUUCAGACUCGCUCAAAGCUAAGGACAAUGGCUCUGGCAAAUAUUUCCAAGGUACACGGCAGACCAUAAACAUGGGAGAGAAGGUGGCACAGGGAGCUGCAUGCUGUCGUUUUGAAAAGGACAACCUCACGAGUGGCACGGGUGGACUGCUGCGGCACAGGGCGCUCGAUGCUCGAAGUGUGUGUAGAAAAGCGCCAUCAUCAACCGAGUGCACGAUAAAUUAUGUUCGCAACACCAUGUCGGAGGCAAGUUUGCGGGCCAACUCGUGCGUGGAACUGUCCGAAAUACGCAAACUGGACAGUUUGCUGAGGCAGUGCGAAACGCUCAGCUACGAUGACCUGUCCUCGGGCAGCAAUGGCGAACGCGAACUAGAGGACUACAUGGAGCAGCGCAAACACGUCCGAAGGCGCCGCAAUUCCUCGGGGAACUGUAUCUUCACGCCACCCAUUAACAAGUCCACGCUCUCGAUGCUCUCGAGCUUAAACCUAUUGAAUGGCGCGCGAAGAAUUAUGGGCGCCAUGAAUAGACAGGGACAGGGAGGAUUGAAGGCGGGCACUACGCUCGAUCAUCCGGACGACUGUUGGCUGCUGUCGCAGAAGUCUUUCACCACCAAAAGCUGUUCAAAUCUGCCCAAGGGCCUUUGCUUUCCUGUGCCGAUGACGGGUGGUACAGAAUCGCUGGGAAAAACUCUCCAGCCCCAGCCCCAGCAGCAGCAACAGCAGGUGGACAACUUGUACAGCUUAUCGGAGACUAUCCUUUCCAACAUACGUAAAGCUACUCAGGCUGUGCACGUAAAACCGAGUAACCAAGAAACGUGCAGAUGUUACAGCGGUAACCCGACGAACCACCACCACCACCACCACCACCACCACCACCACCACCACCACCAAAACCCACCGAACACACUACCACUUCCAGUGAGCGGCUCAACAGGAGCACAAGACGACCACUGUGGCGAUAAUGUUAAAGCUGUGUACCGCAAAAAUCAAUGUCUCGCCCCGGACGAGGACAAUCGGAUAGUGAACAUCAUCGAAACGCCCAACAUUGUGCCGAUUUCGAUGAAGAGCCUCAACAGUGCCCUGUCCGAUCGGCUGUGCUACACGACCAAAGCGCAAAAGUCCUUCGACAACAAGUCGGACAAAUCAAUGCUUUCGCAGGCCAACAGUGUUAAAUCGCGCUCCAAGUUCUCGCCACUGUCGCGCAAGGUUUCUCACAAGACCAACAGCUUCGACACAGAACCGGCUGCCGAGGGUGUGAAAGAGUCUCUGCUCGGGCACAAGUUUGAAAAAAUACUUCCCGAACCGGUGGAAACAGUUCUAUCGCUGGGCGCUGACGUCCUGCCGGAGUACAAACUGCAGAGUCCUCGUGUUCACAAAUGGACAAUACUGCACUACUCACCGUUCAAAGCAGUGUGGGAUUGGAUAAUCCUGUUGUUAGUUAUGUACACAGCAAUAUUUACACCGUACGUUGCCGCAUUUCUGCUCAGCGAGCCGGACUAUAAUCAGCGAAAGAAUCGAAAAUAUGCGGAUGAUCCAAUUGUGAUAAUUGAUUUAAUAGUUGAUGUAACCUUCGUUGUUGAUAUACUGAUUAACUUUCGCACUACGUUCGUGAACGGGCAGGACGAGGUAGUGUCCCACCCGGGUCGGAUCGCCGUUCACUAUUUGAGCGGAUGGUUUCUGAUCGAUCUGGUAGCGGCCAUACCAUUCGAUCUGCUUCUGGUGGGAAGCGACACGGACGAGCUUGGCUUGGACAAAGAUGAGACAACCACCUUGAUUGGGCUGCUGAAAACGGCAAGGUUACUGCGCCUGGUGCGCGUGGCCCGUAAGAUCGACCGGUACUCCGAGUAUGGUGCAGCCGUCCUCGUACUAUUGAUGGCAACGUUCGCAUUGAUCGCCCAUUGGUUGGCCUGCAUAUGGUACGCCAUCGGAAAUGCGGAACGACCAUUCCUGAAGGCAAAGAUAGGGUGGCUAGACGCAUUAGCCCAGGACACACAGGAGUAUUAUUUUCCGAACAAUACUGGCGGAGGUCCUUCUGUGAAGUCCCGGUACGUUACUGCCCUGUACUUUACCUUCACAUCGCUUACAUCUGUUGGUUUCGGUAACGUUGCGCCUAAUACAGAUGCCGAAAAGAUAUUCACCAUAUGUGUCAUGCUUGUUGGCUCGCUUAUGUAUGCUAGUAUCUUUGGAAACGUUUCCGCCAUCAUACAGCGGCUAUACUCAGGAACUGCAAGAUAUCACACUCAGAUGCUGCGGGUGCGCGAAUUCAUCCGAUUCCAUCAGAUACCAAACCCGCUGAGACAACGCUUAGAAGAAUAUUUUCAGCACGCCUGGACGUAUACUAAUGGUAUCGAUAUGAACUCGGUGCUCAAAGGCUUUCCUGAGUGUUUACAGGCUGAUAUUUGCUUACACUUAAAUAGAAACUUGUUAAACAAUUGUUCUGCUUUCGAGGCGGCCAGUCCAGGAUGUUUAAGAGCACUUUCCCUUAAAUUCAAAACCACACAUGCUCCACCGGGUGAUAUUUUGGUGCACAAAGGAGAUGUACUGACGUAUCUUUAUUUCAUAGCCAGAGGGUCAAUUGAAAUACUCAAAGACGAUGUGGUAAUGGCGAUUCUAGGCAAAGAUGAUAUUUUUGGCGAAAAUCCGUGCAUUCACUCAACACUCGGAAAAUCAAAUAGUAAUGUUAAAGCUCUAACAUAUUGUGAUCUGCAUAAAAUUCAUAGAGAUGACUUAUUAGACGUGUUAGAUUUAUUCCCGGAAUUUUAUGAUAGUUUUGUAAAUAGUUUGGAAAUUACAUAUAAUAUGCGAGAUGAAGAGCAAGCUGGUGUCGAACUUAGGCAUAGGUACAUGCGGACUGGAUCCCAAGAUCGUGACAGUGAGACGAGAUCUUACGUUAGAAAACUAAAUACCGUGCACCACAGGCCCAGUGGCAAUAAAUGUGAUAUGCCCAAUGAUAGAAGUUCGAUCGGACAGCUGAGCACUAACUAUGACGAUGAUCGCAAAUUUUCGCUUUCCGGAAUAAUAAAUCAAUUGAAAAGAAGCAUACCAGAUCUUAGAUCACAUAAACAUCAGCCAUUAACAAACCAGUGUGCUUCACCGAACGAGAGCCCUAAAAGCACGCACAAGCAGACAAUAUCCCAUCAUCAAGAGGCCAUGGCAGCGUCCGCGGCAUUGGGACGAGCACCAGACACGAUAACGCUGAGUGCGAUCAGUAAUCGUGCCUGCAGUUGCGGCGCCAAGCCCGAUUUGCCGGGAGGGCCAUCGAUACGGGCAGCAGAUUGUUCCCCCAAGAGUAGCCCGGAUGACGAUAUCUUUCAUCAUACGGCGCCGAACAGUAGCAAUGUGGGCAAACAGAACGACUCAAAACACAACCUAGGCAUAAUGGUGCAUCAGCUGUCCGAGCUGACGGAUAGAAUUGGCAACCUAGAAUCGAGUCUCAAGCACGACAUCAGAACGAUCUUAGAAAUCUUGCACCAACAGCAGCAGCUGCAGAUGCAAAUCCAACAGCAGCAGCACACGUUUGCCCAGCAACACCAGCAAAUGCAUCAGAUGCACACCGGUAAAACGGCAAUGUCUUCGUAUCAACCGUCCGAAAGCGAUUUUUCUUUUGACAUGUGCGGUGCACCGAUGGACCCGCGGGACGUUAAACACCAGCAGCCACCGUCGGCGCAGCAUCGCAUACACGUGGCCCGAUCCGUAUCCCAGCCCGAAUGCUCCGAUGAUCGUAGCUUAUUUAAAUGUUCAAAGUUUUCAUCAUUCAAUCACCCGAUGGACGAUAUGCCCGAGGGACAAAAUUGGAACAUAUUUGCACCGAUUGCAAAGCUGGAAUCAUUGGACGAAAUCGACCAGGAAACGAAAGCCUCAACCAGCCGUGAUAAGAUGUAAUGCAGAUAGGCCAAGCAGAGGAACGUUGUUCAUGAUUCAUCGCACCGAAAGCAGCAACAAAACACAAGAAUCACCGAUCCAAUUUCUUAUCUCCCUUCCCAAUAGUAAAUGUUGUUUUCCUUUACCUGUUUUCAACAUAAGCAAACGAAAAAAAGCGAAAAAAAAUGGAAUUAAUAUGUGUAUAUAUUUCUCUGUACACUUGCUGAAGAUAGACACACAGCCAAAAUACAAACACAUGACCACACGAAACAUUCGCUACACACGCUCGCGCACACACACACACCCCACCCACCCAAAACACAAGUAUGGCAAAUUUUCACCACCUUCAGAUAACUCCAUGGUAGAAACCUUCAUCAGUGCAAUCCUGGUUUUUGGAUUUUCAUUUCCACCCUAUAUAGAUCUCGCGAUGCAGCAGGAAACAAAAGCAAACUCUCCCCAGCCAGCCCCCCCAAGCUAUGUGUUGAGUGACGACUACAUUGAGUCUUUAAAAACAGCAAUAAUGAAAAUUUAAUAGCAAUCUUUUUUCCAUGAACUACAUUUCAAACUUAGUAAGAUCAAUUCGGAAAUGUGUUGUAGUAGUUUGAGAGGGCGAGCGAACGAACGAUCGACGAACGGAAGAAAGCAGAUAAGGUAGAAGCAGUGAGCAGCAGAAAGGACGUAACAAGUAGGAAUACAAAAAAACACAAGAGUGAAAUAAGGAAGGGCUAGGAUUAGUGCAAAUCACACUGACAGAACACACGCAACACACAUAGAGACUUGCAAGUAUCAAUGAAUUAAUACCAAAUCAGCAACAAACAAAUCCAACAGCGCAUAUUGGAAAACGCAUAUUGCCUUUAUUUAAAUCGAACACGAAACAAAGCAAAAACAAAAACCACAGAAACAAAACAAAUAAAGUUACUGCUAAUGAACUGAUUUA